UCCCUUUUUGGAUUUAUGUCUUUCCCACCUGCAAUGAUGUCGUACGAUUAUCCUCAUCCGGUCUCGAGAACGUACCAAUACAAGAAGAUAACAAAGCCGCUUUUGGAAAGGAAGAGACGAGCGCGAAUAAAUCGUUGCCUCGACGAGCUCAAGGAUCUUAUGGUGGACGCACUGGAGACCGAAGGCGAGAACAUCAGUAAGCUGGAGAAGGCGGAUAUCCUCGAGCUGACGGUACGUCAUCUGCAGAAGCUGCAGGCCUCGCGACCUUCCGGAUUAUCAGUAGCAAUUGCCAACGGCGACGAAAUUUCGUCGGAAAGCCGCUGGCAAUCCGGCUUCGGGCAUUGCGCAGCGGAAGCUUACAGAUUUCUCUCGUCGCUUCCAGGUGAAGCCGCGGAGAGGCUGGCAAGACACCUCGCAGCUGGUCUCCAAACGGGCCGGCAAACAAAUUCGCCGCCGAAAGCCAACCUGUUAUCGCCUACCCUGGCCAAUCUGGAUCGCAUCGCCAACAUCGUGGUACCUUGUCCCGUCGGCACCUCCGGCGAAAUUGACUCGGCGAUCCUCUCCUCGAACACGUCGCCGAUAAGAUCCACGCCUCACACCGAUAAAAUUGUUGCCGGGAUUCACGACGCGGGCGCAUCGACGACCGCCUCCUCCACGCCUCGAUGUCGGACCUCAGUAUCGCUCGUUAAUGGCGAUGAGAAAUUAACAGUAAAUUACAGUGCCAAACUGAAGAGUCUGAGGGACCGUCGACCGCCGACGACGACGAGGAAUAAAACGAAUGACCCGCAUAACAUUAAUGCCGAUGACGAUGAAGAAAUCGACGUAGAGCGCGUGGAUGAUCGCGACCCGAUGUGGAGACCAUGGUAG